AUGGCUUCCUUAAAACAAACUCUCCUAGCAGCACUAGCAACGACAUCCUCACUAACCACAGACGGCCACUACCGUUCACGACCCGACCUUGCACCACCCCAACUAAACAUCACCAUCCCCGCCGCAAACACCAAUGGCUCUGAAUACGUCUUCAUCGCCCCAUAUGCUUUCGGCGGGGCCCUUGAACGGCCCGGUCCGUACAUCUACCGCAAGGACGGCGAUUUAGUGUGGGCCGGUACAGGGUACUACGCCGGGUUUGUGGCUAAUUUCCAUACUACCACGUACAAAGGGAAAUCCGUGCUUCAGGCAUUCCAGGGUAGUAUGGAUGGUGCCCAUGGGGAAGGCUUUGGUCAACAUGUCUUGCUGGAUCAGAGUUAUCAACAUGUUGUUACCUCAACUGCGGGAAACCAUCGGGUUUCGUCAAUUCACGAAUUUAAUGUUAUCGGGGGAGAGACGGCUUUGAUUGAGGUCUUUUAUACGACUCCUGCGAAUUUAUCGGCUUAUGGUGGAAAUUCUUCGCAGCAGUGGUUGGGGAAUGGGAUUUUCCAAGAGAAUGAUAUUGCCACAGGAGAGUUGAUAUUUGAGUGGAAUGCUUUGGAGCAUGUGGAUCCGUCAGAAAGCCUGGUGACACUAGGUUCAACUGAUGCCAAUAGCGGAUUGUCAUCCGCCCAAGCAUGGGAUUACUUCCACAUCAACAGCCUUGACAAAAACGAAGAAGGAGACUACCUACUCUCGUCCCGACACACGAGCACGAUAUUCAAGAUCAACGGCACAGACGGCUCAAUAAUUUGGCGGCUCGGCGGCAAGUACCCCAGCUUUUCACAAACCGGAAACUGGACCUUUGGAUUCCAACACCACGCCCGCUGGCAACCGCAGCUCAGCAAGCCCGGGACGGAGGUAAUCUCAUUCUUUGACAACUCCGGCGACGGCACUAUCACAUUCAACAAUGUGUCCCGGGCUUUGGUUGUCCAGAUCAACCACACAGAUAGCACGGCGACAGUUCUCCGAAAGGCAACGGCACCGUAUGAUCUCCAGGCACAGUCACAGGGAAACACACAGCUACUUUCUAAAGACCGAAUCUUCGUCAACUGGGGUUCUGAGGGUGCUUUCACGGAAUUUGGUGCUGAUAAUGAGAUUCUAUACCAUGCUUUUAUCCAAUCCGGGUCAGUCAGCUACCGUGGUUUCUUGUCGAAUUGGACUGGUACACCGAAGGAAACUCCGGCACUGGCUGCGCUGAAAAAAGCUUCUCACCUGGUCGAGCUUUAUGUAUCUUGGAAUGGGGAUACUGAGACUUCGGCCUGGAGAUUCUUUUAUGUCAACGGGCAGACGAAGACGUUGGUUGGUCAAGUGGACAGGAAAUCUUUUGAGACGACUUUUACUUGGAAGUCGAGUUUUGCACUUUCUUCUUCUGCUAGAUUUGUUGCUGAGGCUGUUGGCCCGAAUGGGGAGUCUCUUGCGCAGACCAGUUUGACUGCUACCACUGCCAAAAUUUAA